GCUGGUGUUGACGUUGCUGCAGCUGCUGCAGGGCGCCUAGACAAACACUUCCCGGUCGACUCCUUGGCCUCCCAUCUAUCCACCUCACUUUCAUCCACACACUCGUCUCCUAGUUCGCGCUACGAGUCUGGGCGACCAAUUUGCCAAGCACAACCACCACCACAGUCGUUUAAAAGCAUUGUCAUCCCACUCUUUUUCUUGGGCAUCCCCCCCCCUUCUCGAGCUUGUUUGUUGGCUUGAUUUGUCGAUUUCGGUUUUGGGCUUGGGAUUCCGCAUCUGCAUCUACAACAGAAACAAACUCUUUGGUCGAUUCGUUUCUUAGACACUCCCGACGUCGCACUGCUGCCAGCCGCAUACCAGGCAGAUACCCACCAGUGACCCGGACAGCAAUUUACACACCAGACAUCGUCAUGGCAGCCCGCCUGUUGCCUCUCGCUGCUCUCGUAGCGAGCGUGUCCGCGGUCUCGGUUCCCCGCGAAGAAACGAACACGAGUCCCGGCGUCCUCUCGCUGCCUGUUUAUCAGGACAUUAGGAUCCAUCCAUUGGAGAAUUUGAGGAGACGACAAGUCACAGACACGGAUGCUCCGGUUCUCAAUGUCACUUCGACAACCUACUUGAUUGAGCUCAUGAUCGGCACUCCCGGCCAAGACACCAAGGUCGCCAUCGACACCGGAUCCUCCGAGCUUUGGGUCAACCCCAACUGCGUCAAUGCCGGCAGUAACGCCCAGACACUGUCCUGCAGAGCCAACGGCCAGUACGACCCGCAAGAUUCGUCAUCCGCGACGAUUACUAGCCAGACGGGCAGCAUCACGUAUGGCAAAGGGAAGGUCAUUUUGCAAUAUGUCAACGAUAAUAUCGCCAUUCCCGGCAGCGACAUUGCGCUGCGGAGAACCUACUUCGGUUACGCCACUGACAGUAUCGACCUUAACAGGGGUAUUCUCGGCCUCAGCUUCGGCGAGGCCGUCAACAACACUGGCUACCGUACCGUUGUUGAUGAGAUGAAGGCACAGAACGUCAUCGAGUCACUGACUAUGGGCAUUGCGCUCGGAACCAAGGACGAGAAGACGGGUAGCGGCCUCAUCUCUUUCGGUGGUGUCGACACCAAGAAGUAUAGCGGCAAUCUGCACACUGCGCCCAUCCUUCCGCCUCAGAACGGUGAGAACCUGUAUAGAUACUGGGUCCAACUCGACUCGGUUGGUUUGAGCAAAUCCGGCAGCAACGCCAAGACAUACUCCAACUCCAAAUUCCCCGUCUUCUUCGAUACUGGAGCCACCCUCAGCUAUCUUCCAUCGGCCUUGGUCGAUCAACUGGGAAGUGACCUGGGCGGUCGCCUCGACUCUUCGGUUAACAUGUACGUUGUGCCGUGUAACUCCCGGGGCACGAUCGACUUCAAGUUUGGCGACUAUACGAUGAAGGUGCCCUUGUCUGAGUUCAUCUGGCAAGUGAGCAGUAGCGAUUGCGUCCUCGGUGCAGACAAGGCCACGGACGGCGCCUAUCUUCUUGGCGACUCAUUCCUCCGUUCGACAUAUGUCGUUUUCGACCAAGAGACACCUGCUCUUCACUUCGCCCCCUACGUCAACUGCGGUACCAACCUGCAAAAGAUUCCCCUUGGCGACAACGCGGCCGCCCGUUUCACUGGCGAAUGCCAGGCCGGUUCUAGCAACGGCGGCGGCAGCGGUGGCGGCGAUAGCUCGGGUAACGAUGAGAACGCUGCUGGCCGCUCGACAGCUGCUAACAUUUGGAUUGCAACCGGCGCUCUGUUAGCUGUCCAAGUCUUCAUGUCCUUUCUUUAACUUGUGUAUAUAAUUGAACGGCUGCAAACACUGCAUGGAUCGGGCGUUGGGGUGGGAUCAACACGGUCGCUGCAUCCAUGAUUAAACUAACGGCGAUAAUGAAUCGGGCUUCCUGUACAUGGUGGAUUGCUUUAUACCCUCUUCCCCUGUCAUGGGACAACAUAGUUUCUGUUAUUGAUUAAUGAACAUGCGGGGCCGAGUAC